UAUUUAAACAUGUAUGCUCCGUGUUUAUUGUAGCACGCUGAAUGUUGUGUAGAGCAGUCGCAGUUUACGAUCAAAAUCGCAUAAACCUGGUUCACCGUCUACCGGCUUAUAAUAAUUGCACACAACAGUUAUUAAGUUAAUAAACGUCUGCAAAUGCAAAUACAUAAUUGCUCAAAAUUACGUAAGGUACGCAGCAGCACGCGUGUGGCACUGAGUGCACAUGUAGUACAGGGAGGAAGUGCUUGAUGCUGACCUCGUGUCAUCAGAGGGGAGAGGGGUCCUCUAGGCUCACUUGACACGUAAUUAGAAUUGCUUCAAUCGAAUGUGCGUCAGAUUAAGCGAGGUGGCACGGUGCCAUGCUGAAGCGUCCCUCGUCCAGUGACUCGGAGGCUGACCUCCUGCGGGCUCAAGAGUGCUUCCUGGCAGCUGGUGUCCCUUCGGCGGUCCGUGUGCUGCGGAGGCCGGAGAAGCGCAGAGGGGAACCUAGUGGAUGUGCUGGAGAGGAGAAGGCGGAGGAAGAGGAGGAGGUCAUGGUUAGUUGCAGAGAUGUUGUAACAAUCACAGAGCACUCAGAGCAAAUUCCCAGUUUGACACCUGGCCCGUCCAAGAAGUCUUGCUUUAGAGCUGAACAGGUGUGUUUUGUGGAUGAGGACCCUGAAGCAGAGCUGGAAAGAAAGGACACACAUGUGACCGCAGUCCUGUCCAGGAUUAUUGAGCAUGACACAAGCGCAGUUCCUGUUUCCUUCCCAGCUUUCACUGGAGCUGCUUUUCCCAAAGUUUUCCAUCGGUCAGAGGUCGAGGACCAGGGGAUAACCGUGGCACAGAAGUGCAGGAAGAGCAUUUUUGCUCAGAAGAUUGCUGCUCAGAAGAUUGCUGCUCAGAGAGCACGAGGGAAGGGCCUAACUGGUGGUGAUCCUGUGCAGCCUACACUUGUCCCUCAGGGGACAUCCUGUGCACCAUUGGCAUCCAUGGAGACCGCAUCACUGCCUUCUGGAAGUGAAGAACAUGCCGUAUCAGAGACUUCCAGGCUGGUCACGGGGCUCGGACUUAGUGGGCACAAUGGUUCCCUGGAAGCCAAGAAGAUCCAUGAAGAGAAUGAGGCCAAGCUUCAUGGCAUGUCCCAGAGUGAGAUUCUGGAGGAGCAGAGAAGACUGCUGUCUCAGCUGGAACCCCGAUUGGUGGACUUUGUCAAAUCUCGCAAACCUCAUGGUGGCUGCCAACCUUCAGCAGCUCCACUUCCUGCUAAGGAGGAGCAACAGCACUGCUUCAGUGAGCACAUUUCUCAGGAGGUGGAGAUGGAAGAUGUAGAAGCCAAUGUGGCCCCUGCACCUCCCAUUACAGAGGAUGAGCUGCCAGUCAAACCUGAGAAGGGGUGGUUGCACAUGGACAAGUUGGAGCCAGAGAAGCUGGAAUGGAUGAGAGACCUGCCUGCCUCACGAAAACGGAGCACCAAGAAGGCCAUGCAGGCACGUUUCAACUUUGAUGGGGUCCUCAUCUCUCCAACGGAGGACCUGCCAACACAUCUGGGUCUACAUCACCAUGGCGACGAACCUGAGCUGGCUGGGUACUCGCUGCAGGAACUCUUCCUCCUGUCGCGCAGUCAGGUCACUCAGCAGCGGUGCCUGGCCCUAACAACCCUUGGCCACAUCCUCACCAAGGCUCGUGCCAGUGACUUUGCCUCCUCUGUGCGGGGCUCUGUGUUUGCCACACUCCUGGAUGCCGGCCUGCUUUUUCUGCUGCGCUUUUCCCUGGAUGACAAGUACGAGGGGUUAAUGGCAGCUGCAGUGCAGGCCCUUCGUGCCCUGCUGGUGACUGUAGACGAUGAGGAGUGUCUAGACAACACUUUCUCGUGGUUCCUCGGGAUGGCUACCUUCCCCCUGUUACCCUUUGCCCAGGAAGAAGAUAAAGAGGAUGAUGAAGGACUGGAGGAUGCCUUGAAGGAAACUGCCAAAGAGAAGGAGGAGAAAAAGUCAGAUCAUGAUGUGGCACGAAAUGAUGUAAUCAAGGGCUUGUUGAGGAUGAAGCUCUUGCCCAGGCUUCGCUACAUCCUGGAAGUGUUGCGUCCUCCGCCCCGCACUGUCCUUGAUAUUCUGGAGAUCCUUAUCCGAAUCGCCCGCCACUCACCCACUUCUGCCAUCCAGGUACUGGACUGCCCCCGGCUUAUGAACACUGUCAUGUCAGAGUUUCUGCCUUGUUCCUGGAGCCCUCCCGUAUCUCCUACACCUGACCGGCUGCAUGGGUUUCCUGUAGCUGCAGCAAUGAAGCUGGUUCGCAUACUGGCCACUGCUGGGAGGCACACCUGUGCAAGGCUGUUGAACAGCCUGGGAGCCCGGGAACGCAUUUCCUGCUUCGUUGCCCAGGAACCCCAAGAUCUGUUGCUGGAGCCAGGAGAGGCUUUGCGCAUCAGCACUGAGGCCCUGCGCCUAUGGGCGGUGGCUGCCGGCUAUGGACAGGCCUGUGAUCUCUACAGAGACCUGUAUCCGAUCCUGGUGCAGACCCUGCAGUCACAUCCCAUGAGGUGGCCACCUGGACAUGUUUUGCGACCUCUAGAGCUACAGAGGGUGCAGGCUUUGCACACACUCCUCACCAAUGUGACACACACGGCUGGUUGUCACCAAGAGCUGCAGGCUAGCCUAACCAGCCCCCAGGAAACUGAAUGCCCUCCUCCUCCUUCAGUAGAAUGGGGUCAUGUCACUGGUCUGCAACCCCCCUUGCUGGCCUCCCUGAAGGCCUGUGUAAAAUUGCUGGAUGAGCCUGGCCAGAAAGAGAAUAUAUUGAGUCUUCUCCCAUCUCACUUGCUGUACCUGGGGGCUUUCUACUCCCAGCUCAGUGCUCAGAGCUCUUUCCAACCAGUUGACUGUCUCCAGGAGCUAGAAGUACUCACCUCAGAGGUCCUGAUUCCUCUGCUGUCGCAUCAGGCCAUCUGCGACUUGAUUGGCAAUCUCAAGUCUUGCUCAGCUCUCUGUAACCCGCUCUCCUGCUCAGACCCAGAGAUGGUGCCCAGUCUGCCUUCACUGACCUGGUCUGGUGGCAAACCUGCUCUCAGCCUAUCUGGUUCCAAUUCUCCCUUCCCCUUUCUCAUUGCACUAUGCUACCUUCUCGAAGUGCUCUCCAGCAUACACAAAGGCAUUGCCCAUAAGUUUUCUCACCUGCUCCUGUCCAGCGCCCUGAUGAUGUACCUGCAGGCAUGUUGCCAGGCCAUGCCCACCGUCUCCCUCUUCAGUGCCUGGCCACUGUGGCAUGAGCAGCACCUUCUGUACCUUCUGGUGAAACUGGCACUCAGGCUGGUCCCAGUCAGCUCAGAGGUGGAGAAACAAAUAUCCUUGUAUCACAGGGUUGCUGCUACCAUGGUUCCCUGGCUUUUGCCAGGCAGUGAAUAUCUGGCCCGUGACCUUUUGUCCACUGUGAUCUUUAACUUGGACUUGAUCACGGAGGGGCGCUGUGGUGGACCAGAGGCAGCUGAUCUGUCUGAGCUGCAGCUGCAGGAGGGUGGCUCUUUUGGACACUUUCCUGUGGGUCCCCUGAUGCGCGACGCUUGUGCUCAACUGCCUUCCAUACGGGGAUGCUACCUGACCCACCUGGCCUCCCUGGAGCCCACCAUCCUUUAUUCUCGUGAUAGGCACCUUAUGCGUACUCCUUGGGUCCGCUCAUGGAUGCUUCCAGAAGUCCAGGGUCCUAUUUUGCCUUCUGACUGGCCUUUCCUGCCAAUCAUCAGCCUGUACGAGCGUGUGGGCAUACCGGGGGGAGGAGACAUGCAGGUGGAGGCCCUCCCCCAGGCCUCAGUGAAGUCUGUUGUGCACUCUCUGCAAUGGCUGCUGAUUCUGGAGAGGUGGCGCGAUGGUGUGCUGCAGGCAGUGACCCCGGCAGCCAAGCUAGCCCGCCUGUCCUGCCUCUUCUUGUGCUCCAGUGACCUGUUCCUAGAGCGGCCUGUGCAGCAACUAACCUGGGCUCUCCUGCGCAGCCUCUGUGUCCCAGCUCGGCUGGCUGCACUUGACCUAGGGGUGCCCUUGCCUGGCCUGGCCUCCUUCCAUGACUUGUAUGCGUCUCUCCUCAGCCAGUUUGAGGCCGUGUCCUUUGGGGAUCACCUGUUCUGCUGCUUCGUGCUACUUCCCUUGCAGCAGCGCUUCAGCGUCUCCUUGAGGCUUGCCUUGUUUGGUGAGCAUGUCGGGUUGCUGCGCUCCCUGGGGUUGCCACUGCAACAGCUGCCAGUGCCUCUGGAGCAGUUCACCUACCCACCGGAGGACUCCCUUACCCUGCUGCGGCUCUAUUUCCAGGUCUUGGUGACUGGGGCAUUGCGCUGCGCCUGGUGCCCAGUACUCUAUGUGGUAGCCCUAGCCCACCUAAAUGCCUUCAUCUUCUCUCAGGAUGUUGUAUCACAGGAAGUGGAUGCUGCACGACGGAGCAUGCUUCGCAAGACCUACUACCUGACAGAUGAAGUAUUAAAGGACCACCUGCUACUGUUCAAAGUGCCCCAUCUGCAGAAGGAGCUUGGCUUUGACGCCUAUGAGCACCUGCCCCCUAUUCGAGCCCGGAGGUUGGAGAGUGUGGUGGGCAUGGAGGAAGGGGAAUCACUGAAAACAUGAAAUAAUUUUGAUAAUGUCAUUUGUGCUGUCUGCAUAUGUACAGACAGGUUGGAUGCUGGCCUCAUUUUGGCAACUGUAAGUGAGGAAGAAAUGAGCCAACAAACUUCUCUGAUACCAAUGUGUAGUGUAAGAGUAAAAAUGUUUCCCUGUGUUUUCUUUUGUGCAACUGGGCAGACCUACUUUGUCAUUUUGUUCACAGUCUUUAAAAAUAUAGCACUUUUUUGUUUUUAGAAAUGUGUGUCUGACUGUGUGGUAGGCUAACUUAAGAAGGGUGUCACAAAUCAGAAGUAAAUGGAAGAAAAAUUUCAAUGGUCUCAGUGCCUCUCUUUUUCGGACUGCAUAAAGAACAGUGUGCAGGCUUGGGUUUUUUUGUAUUACAGUUAUAAAGUUAAUAUAAAUUAAGAUGAUGGAUAAGAUACUUUGUCACUGUACACAAUACAAUGAAAUUCUGCUUGGCAACCCCCAGAAGAGCAGCA